CCUCCGCCCACAACAAUAAAAGGGAGACGGAUUCAACAAUGUAAAAAUCCGUGUCAGAAACUCACACAAACGUCAAUAAAUCCCGGGGUUUUUUAAAGGAACACCGCGGGCAGCCAUGCUGUCGGACGCAGACUAUUCUGGAAACGCUUCUGGCGCUCGGAGAGCCAGGAAGAGGAGCUCCGGGGAGUCGCCGGGGGACGGCCAGACCCUGCGCUCCUCUGGACGGCAGAUCAACGUCCGGGUGAAGCGCACCAACAACCCUCCACCUGGACAGAGCAAAAGAAAAGCCACAGACACGGAGGAGGAGGACGAUCAGUCUGAGAAGAAGUACAGAAAGUGUGAGAAGGCUGGAUGCUCUGCCACGUACCCCGUUUGUUUUGCAAGUGCAUCUGAAAGGUGCGCUAAAAACGGAUACACAUCUCGCUGGUAUCAUCUGUCGUGUGGCGAACAUUUUUGCAACGAAUGUUUCGAUCACUAUUACAGAAGUCACAAAGACGGUUAUGAGAUCUUUGCCUCGUGGAAGAAGGUGUGGACCAGUAAUGGGAAAAGUGAGCCCAGUCUUAAAGCCUUCAUGGCAGAUCAGCAGCUGCCGUUCUGGGUUCAAUGCACCAAACCGGACUGCAGGAAGUGGCGUCAGCUGACCAAGGAGAUCCAGCUCACCGCCUCCCUGGCAGCAACAUAUCGCUGUGGAAUGAAGUUCAACAACAUCAAGACUGAGGGCCCGGACCAGUGCUCCCAGCCAGAGGACUUGAGAGUGGCGGAGGUGACUGACAGCUGGUGGCAUUCGAUGCUGAUUUUGCCGCCGCUGUUUAAAGAGAGUCCAGCCAGCCCUUUCCUCUCCGCCUAUUACCCCGACUGUGUGGGCAUGAGUCCAUCAGGCUCCCCCAGCAACGUGUCCCUGUCUGAGCUGAGGGGGGAUCACUGCAGAGCUGUGCAGCCGCAGAUUCCAGGCCUGUGUCCGUACUUCCAGCCCUUCUACCAGCCCAACGAGUGUGGCAAGGCUCUGUGUGUGCGGCCGGACAUGAUGGAGCUGGAUGAGCUUUACGAGUUCCCGGAGUUUUCCCGUGAUCCCACCAUGUACCUGGCUUUACGUAACCUCAUCCUGGCGUCCUGGCACAAGAACUGCAAGGAGAUGCUGACGUCUCAGAAAUGUGCGCUGCACAUCAUCGUCCGGGGGCUGGUGCGUGUGCGCUGCGUGCAGGAGAUGGACCGGGUGCUCAACUUCAUGACCAGGAAGGGUCUGAUCAACACGGGUGUGCUGUCAGUCAAACAGCCCCUCCUCCCUGAAAGAUACCGCUCUAAGAACGUCAUCGUCAUCGGCGCCGGAGCUUCAGGAUUGGCUGCUGCAAGACAGCUGCAAAACUUUGGCACUCAGGUGGUGCUGCUUGAGGCACGGGAGAGAAUCGGAGGUCGAGUGUGGGAUGACACUUCUCUGGGCGUCACUGUCGGUCGAGGAGCUCAGAUCGUCAACGGCUGCGUGAACAACCCCAUCGCCCUGAUGUGUGAACAGAUCGGCAUCAAGAUGCACAAGCUGGGCGAGCGCUGUGACCUCUUCCAGGAGGGAGGACAGGCCACUGACCCGUCCAUCGACAAGCGCAUGGACUUCCACUUUAACGCCAUCCUGGACGUGGUGUCGGAGUGGAGGAAGGACAAGUCGCAGAACCAGGACACGCCACUGGGAGAGAAAGUCCAGGAAGUGAAGAAGAACUUCCUGCAGGAGUCUGGGAUCCAGUUCAGUGAGUUGGAGGAGAAAGUGCUUCAGUUUCAUCUCAGCAACCUGGAGUACGCCUGUGGAAGCACGUUAGACCAGGUAUCAGCAAGAUCCUGGGACCACAAUGAGUUCUUUGCCCAGUUCUCAGGAGACCACACUUUACUCACUAAGGGCUACUCUGUUCUGCUCCACAAACUGGCCGAAGGUCUCGACGUCCGCACGAAGUGUCCGGUUCAGGCCAUCGACUAUUCAGGGGACGUUGUCAAAGUUACCUCCUCCAAUGGUUCUCAGUGGACGGCACAGAAGGUUCUUGUGACGGUCCCGUUGACUUUACUUCAGAAGAACUCGAUUCAGUUCAACCCUCCGCUUCCUGAGAGGAAACUGAAAGCAAUCCACAGUCUGGGAGUCGGUAUCAUAGAGAAGAUCGCGCUUCAGUUCCCGUACAGAUUCUGGGACAACAAAAUCCAGGGGGCGGAUUACUUUGGUCACAUCCCUCCAGGUCCUGACAAGAGAGGCAUGUUCAGUGUCUUCUAUGACAUGGAGCCACAGGGAAAACAGGCCGUCCUCAUGUCCGUCAUCACCGGGGACGCCGUGCCUGCCGUUCGGGACAUGGAGGACAAGGAGGUGGUGGACGAGUGCAUGAAGGUUCUGCGUGAACUUUUCAAGGAACAGGAAGUCCCAGAGCCGCUGCAUUUCUUCAUCACUCACUGGAGCAAAGACACGUGGUCCCAGAUGUCCUACAGUUUCGUGAAGACGGGGGGCAGCGGAGAGGCCUACGACAUCCUCGCUGAGGACGUUCAGGGAAAAGUGUUCUUCGCCGGCGAGGCGACCAACAGACACUUCCCUCAGACUGUGACAGGAGCCUACCUCAGCGGGGUCCGAGAGGCCAGCAAGAUGGCCGCUAUGUAAACCGUCAGUCCCGGAGAACUCAAAACCACCAGCAUGGACCCACGGCUCGCACUGAGCAAGACCGCUAAUCACUCUGACCGUCUUACCUUAGUUGCUCCACCUGAAAUGACGUCUCACCAAAAUGUGAUGUGUCUGAUCAGUAAGGCGCCGUUAGUCACUUUCCAACGGGGGGGUGUGGGGGGCUCCAGGGCCUCGCUCUACAUAUUUAACACGAGGUUAAAGUGCGUUUAAUUUAUAUCAAAAAUCAAAGUCGCACAAUGGUUUUUUUGGUUUUUGUUGGUGACAAGAGGCAAAAAAAACUUAAUAUCAAGGAAUGAAUGAUGGGUAAACCGCCUGCAGCUCCGGCCUGAUCGUGGGCUGGAGAGCAGGACGAUGUCUUAGUUUAAUGACUGGUGUAUUUAGCACUUCUGUGAUGAAAUGCUCUGAGAUUUUCAUUUCGAGCGACGAGGCUGCAUGAAACAUUGGUAAACUCUCCGUCGUCUAAUCAUGAAAGAAACAAUAAGAUUUAAUCUCCAGGGAUCAAGUUUUAAGAGAUUACAUCAUAAUAAUAUUUAAACACUUUUGAGAGUUACCUACCAAUGUUUUAUACAACUGUAAUGACUGCAUCGUAUUACAUGUGAUUAACGUGUUGGUACACGUGGAGGAAAGGUUAGAUAUUUACUGUUAGUCCGUCUGCGAUAGCACUUUUGAUUUAGAACAAAUAUUUGAUUUUAAAAUAGCGAAAAAAAGGAAGUGAAUAGUUCAUGUGUUUGACGAGUUGAAUUCCUCCUGUGGUGGAGAAUGAUCAGAUCAGAAGACAGCAGAUUGUCCCCUUACUUUCUCAGGGAUUUGAUCAGGAUUACAUCACCUAUCAGAACGUGACAGAAGAAAAUAAUGUGAUUGGACAGUUUUGAAGAAACACAACCAACCAAAGGAGGAAAAAAUCCACCAUAUUUGUCUCGUAUCAACUCCUGAACAGUGAAGCUCCUGAGGUCUGGGGUAACAGCACAACAAUGUCCUCACUGUCUUUGGUUCAUGUCGACUAAUGACGCUUUACAUGUAGAGUCACAUCUGUGUGAACCAGUGCAUCUAGAUGAUCAUGUCCUGUUUGUCUGACAUUACAGUGCUUGACUAUUUAUCUUGUAUGUGUGUAAUAAACUGAGCUAUCAACUGCCA